GGAUUAUUCGGUAUGUCUAGACGUCGUGCCAAAGGCUGAGAUCGCUUGACUACACAAGUUGUAGGGAUGAACUAGACCAGUGUAGGAUGCAUACAGUCUAAUUGUUUAUUAGAUGAUCAGGGCUGAUAAUCAAAACUAUGCACCCGGACAAGAUCUAUAAUCUCUACUUGUAAGCACACAAACUGCACUCACCUAGAAGAGAUACAGGCUCUUAAGACCUCGUUCGGUUUUCCUACUUGCACGCACCGUCUUCCAUCAGGUUCAUCUUCUGGGGUUUUAUAAUUAAUCUUCUCUUAUCAACGCCCUACACUUUCAGCCCAUUUUCAUCAUGGCCAACGUCAAGAUCACCGUGAAGAACCAGAGCGAAAGGGCCCAACAGUUUCUCAUCCUCAACGAGAAGCCAACAUACUCUGAGUCAGUCGGCAGGGCUUGGACCACCGUCUGGGGCUGCUCGCCAGGAACGCCAGGAAGACAUGGCACUGCUCGCUUCUCCGUUGAGGAGCACUACUAUGCUGUGUGCGGCAUGACCCCGGAGGCGUUGCAAACCAAUCUGAUUGUAAACACAUCGGACUUCGACAAGGUGAAUCUAGGAACCGGGCAAGAAAAGGGCAGCCUGGAGACGCUGGAAAUCCAAGACGGGGGUGUCGCCUUCGAAAAGGGGGACAAGAGAGACCUUGAUAAGGAUGGCUCUUUCGGAAUCGAUAUUACCGCGUACGAUUCCAGAGAGUAUGAGAACGUUUUCUGUGGCCUCGGUAUGAAAAGCCCAACUCCGGGCGAGGACCAGGAAGUCAUACCAGUCUCCGUAUGGCGACCCGAUUCCAACCAAAGGUAUCAAAUCACUCCCAAGAGGAUCUAUUAUAUCUCGACCGGACACUUCAUUCCGGGGACGGUUAUCGACCUUGUCCAGCUAGGAAGAGCCGUAACUAUCGACUUUGCGGGUAAGAAGGAAACCGUCGCCACGGUGAUCUACAACACCGAGUCCGAUUUCCUUCCGGUGAAGUACAGCUUCGACAAUUAAAGCCAUAAUGGAACGGAUGUGUAGGCCUCUUGAAGAGAGGGAUCUUCCCACAUCUAUCAAGCAGAGUCACAAUUGGCCUAUGGUCAAUUGUUGAGUUGCAGUCUUUGAAGGAAUCGCAAUGAGGGGCGGCUUGGAGUGUCUCAGGAUAGCUUA